AUGGAUUAUAAGGAAAAGCAAAAUAGCAAUGAAAAUCCACAAUGUGAAUUUGAUUUGGGAAGGUUGCUAAAUAAAUUUGACAUGAAUAAUUAUAAUGAGGAUUUUGUAAUUACAAAUAACAUUUUAAAGUAUCAUAUAAAAAACAUAAAUAUGUAUAACUACGAAGUCAAUAAAAUAUAUGAUAAAUCAGAACUUGACUUAUACAAAGAUAAAUUAAUUAAUAAAUGCAAUAUACACUACUAUCCUUAUGAAUUAUAUUUUAAUACAUAUAGAAAUAUAUAUAGAGAAGAAAAAAUGCUUUUAAAUUUACCAAAUAACAUGAAAAAAACGAAAGAAAAAGAAAAUGAAGAAAAAGAUGAUAAUGAAGAAAAGGAAAAGGAAAAAGAGGAUAACGUAUCAAACAUGUUCGAAGAGGAACAAGGACUAGAAGAUGACUAUAAUUAUGACUAUAACAAAAGUGAAGAUGAUUUGGAAAAUGAAGAUCAUGAUGAAAAUGUUAUAUAA